AUGGCAAGUACUCGAAGUGUCGGAAGCGCCGUCAUCAAGAUGCAACUACGCAGCCGGAAGCGCGACUUUGCUUCGUCCGCCACAGUGACCAGCACUAGCAGUGCUUCAAGUACGAAUACUCCGAAAAGACGAGCUGUAAAGUCGAAAGCGACGUCUAUGGGGGCCAAAGCGAUCGGACAGAAGGUCGAAGUUGUAGCUCCCACCAGUUCCAAGUUCCCGGUGCUCUCGGCAUUCAAAGAGCGAGUGGAUCACACCUCGAGCGACUCUAAAGUCUUGUUCAAGUACUCGAAUUUAGUUCCGGCACGACUUAUCCGUCGGUAUAAACGUUUUCUAGCCGAUGUCGUGGUGACUGUGUACUGCCCAAACACGGGACCGAUGAUAGGGCUACUGGACGGACUACCGAACGCCCGCGUGCAGCUAUCAAAGAGUGACGACCCCAAGCGCAAAUACGCGUACACGCUCGAGAUGAUCCAGAUUCAUAAUGGAGAGAGGAACGUGUGGGUUGGUGUGCACUCUACGUCGGCGAAUCGGAUGGUAGAGCAAGCGUUGACUUCGCGGUGGUUCCCUGAGCUUGGAGCCUACGACUCGGUACGUCGUGAGGUCAAUUUCGCUAAGAACAGUCGCGUGGACUUCGUGUUGACUACAAAUAACGCCGACGGUACUGUCGCUCACGAGAAAUAUGUCGAGGUCAAGAGCGUCACUCUGGCAUUGGCAGGAUCCGAGGAUACCUCUCGGUGCGCUGUAUUCCCCGAUACAGUGUCCACUCGAGCACAGAAGCACGUCACGGAGCUGACGGAAUUGUUUGGAGCUAUCAUCUUCCUGGUGCAGCGUGACGACUGCAACACGUUUGCGCCAUCAAUCCAACACGACAAGAAGUUUGCUGAACUGUGCGCAGUAGCAGCUACGCGCGGCGUCCAAUUGCUGGGCUAUUCAUGCGCCUUGGAGCCUGAUGAGGCGAAUACUAAUGGAGCUGUGCGACUUGUAGGACCGCUGCCAUUACAGUCGAGGGAUUAA